UGAUUUCCACUCCCGCUGCCCGUGUGCGUCCCGACGGUCGCUGAGCACGGCCAGCUCAUCACAGGCGUUUGGGGACCGUCCUCAUCCCCUUCCCUGCACUCCUCCCACCGCAGCACCGGGACCAGCCGGCUCCAGCCUCCUGUCCCAGCGGUGCCCCCGGCGCCUCCAUUUUCCAGGCAGGGGAAGGAAAUUAACAAAUCCCGCCCCGUACGCGGCGGGCCAAGCUUUGCCUGCCCCCCGUCAGAGCACCAGGAAAAGAGGAUGGCCGAUUCCGACACCUACCUGCGGCAGCCCUGGCGCACCGUGCACGGCAUCCCCAUGGUCAAUGCCUUCGCCCUCAACUGGGAACGGGUUGACAGUUUCCAGAGCCGCCCCGAGGACAUCGUGGUGGUCACCUACCCCAAAUCUGGCACCACCUGGGUCAGUGAGAUCGUGGACAUGGUCCUGAAAGGCGGUGACCCACAAAAAUGCAAGGAGGCUGACAUUGUGAACCGGGUGCCCAUGAUGGAGUGUGCUGCUCCUGGGAAGUUACCAGCAGGCACAGACCAGUUGGAGGCCAUGCCAUCCCCUCGUAUCAUCAAGACCCACAUUCCAGCUCACAUCUUGCCCAAAUCCUUCUGGCAAAACCGCUGCAAGAUGAUCUAUGUGGGACGCAACGCCAAGGAUGUGGCUGUCUCCUACUACCACUUUGAUUUGAUGAACAAGUUCCACCCACACCCUGGAACAUGGGCCCAGUACCUGGAGGAGUUCAUGGCUGGCAGAGUGGCGUAUGGUUCCUGGUACGACCACGUCAAGGGCUACUGGGAGCGCAGGAAGGAUCACCCCAUUCUCUACCUCUUCUACGAGGACUUGAAGGAGGACCUCCGCCGGGAGGUUGCCAAGGUGGCCCAGUUCCUGGGGCAGAAGCUGUCGGAUGCGGCGCUGGACACCAUCACCCAACACACGUCCUUCGAGGCCAUGCGGGACAACCCCGCCACCAACUACACCAGGAUGCCCUCUGACAUCAUGGACCAGAGCGUGUCGCCCUUCAUGCGCAAAGGUACCACCGGAGACUGGAAGAACCACUUCACCGUGGCCCAGAACGAGCGCUUUGAGCAGGACUAUGCGCAGAAGAUGUCAGGCACCGACCUGUGCUUCCGCACUCAGAUCUGAGGGGACACUGCCAGACAUCCCCCACAUCCUUCCUGUGCUGCGGUGGCAUUGCUGCCAUUCCUUCCUAUCCCCUGGAACUGCUGGAGAGAAAUAAAAUGCGCUUCUUGACCCUGC